CUCAGGCAACACUGGGUUCAGGUUGUCCAAGUUUCGUUUUUAUCAUGCGUACGAUAGUUUGGUAACGUAGAGACGUAGAUGUUGUUUGCCAGUGUUGAACUAAAAUGAUCAAGUACUCUUGAUAUUCAGAAGGCGUUGACAUGUGUUAACGUUUUGCUUGUGAUGCAGCCAAGUCAGGAGGCAGCUUGUGGACUACGCGGAAUUCAAUGGAUAACAACAGGGCAGAUUAAACAGAGCAAAUCAUGGGUGUGAUCGAAGAAACACCAGAUGAAGACAAAUCCCCCGAGGUACAAGGUGUACUGUGGACAUGCAAUAGUCCCCUGUCAUCCAUAUCCAUCGGCAAAUAUACCGUGACAUUCCUUAGUUUUGGCAUUCACCACUGCCUUUUCCUUACCGAUGAUGGUGCAGUAUUUGCCUUUGGGAAGAACAAUUUUGGGCAGCUUGGCAGUGGAAACACUGUCGAAUAUUCAACAGUACCGUACCAUGUUACUGGAGUGAAGCAUACUGCUAAGGACAUAGCGUGCGGACCAAACCACAGUGCAGCUCUUACGAUUGAUGGCACUGUCUACAUGUGGGGACUAAAUAACCAAGGACAAUGCGGGUUUGUUGAGGACACUGUUCUUAGCCCAAGAAAAGUUGAGGUUGAGGAAGAACUUGGGAAGUGCAAAAAUUGUGGUUGCACAGUUAUUGCUCGUGCACGUUUCAUCAGUGUUUCAUGCGGACCUGUUCAUACACUGGCUUUAACAAAUAACCAUAAAGUAUUUGCUUGGGGUACUGGCCCCCAGCUUGGGCUUAAUGCAGCUACAAAGAGUCUACCAAAGAGAAUUGACUCUCUCAAGGAGAGAAAGGUUUUGUCAGUGGCAUGUGGUGCAACACAUAGUUUGGCUGUGACGGAAAACAUCCCACCCGUUGCUGAUAACAGUCCUGUCACAUGCAGUAGUUGUGAGGUAAAAUCAGCCACCUGCCCACUUGGUUUGCCUUGCGUAGUCCCAACACCUGUCCCUACACAAGAUGAAACGGAAGCACUUCAACUAACAGAGGAAACUACAGACCGUGCAGCAGCUAUAAUGGGAAAUCAGGGUUUGGUAGAAGGGUUGGACUCGCUAGGAAUUUUGGCAGGUUCAACAAGUGUGUAUACAGACAAUUUACCCAGUGCUGACCUGCAAGUGCAAAGCCUACCUUGUCAGAACACUAAUGGCCACAAUGAUAAUGUCCAGAUGUCGCUGAUUUCUGAACCAUCUGCGAAUGCUGACAUCACGAAUAACGCUAAAGAAACUGCUGUGUCCACUGAAAAGGAGAAACAAGAAACUAAUGCUGGCAACGGCCAAGAAGCUGUUCACGAUGAAUUUGAAGGGAUAGAACUAAGAAGAGGGCAACUUCCCAUGCAGCGCUUGAGGUCAGCAUCUGUGCCUUCAAAGCGGACAUCAUCCAUCCUCAACCCCGAACAUGCUAUGGAGUUCCUUGACAGACAGCUUGGUCACAAGCCACACUCGAAAGCACGACAGUCUCUGGCAGAGGACUCAGUCAGUGAACCUAGCAAGGGAAUUUCUUCAAGUACCUCGUCAAUUGCUGUGAAAAACAUGUUCUCCCGUGUCACUUCGCUUUUUGUCGACCGCCUAAAUUUCGUCUCUUUUGCACCUCAGGUCAGUACAGCGGGAUCUCGUAGUGGCUCUGCUGAAUCAUUCGAGUUGGUUGAGCCUGAUCAGAUUUCGGACACUUGCCAUUCUGAAAAGACGGAAGGCCAUUUAGAGCGACCGAAAAGUGUCUCACGAUCGUCGUACGACAGAGAAGUACAGUUGCCCAAGCAGAACAUGAUCACUCAAGUUUGGAGCUGGGGAAAAGGAGCCUAUGGUCAGCUUGGACAUGGUGAUGACCUUGACAGAAUGCAGCCCUGCCUUAUGAAACACCUGAAUGACUCCGGCGUGUUGAAAGUGAGUGCUGGCCAUGGUCACUCACUGGCUCUCACCUGCAGCUUCAGCGUGUUCAGUUGGGGCUUGAAUGAUGUUUCACAGCUUGGCCACAAUCCUAUUGCCAAAUGCAUUUCCACUCCUAAACUGGUUGCUAUGCCCAGGAACGACCUGGUUUUUGACAUUGCAGCUGGUCAAAGCCAUUCUUUGUUUUUGGCUGAUGGUGGUGGAUCUUACCCUGUGAUGUAUGGUUGUGGACAACAUCAGUGUGUGAGCUCACCAUAUGGAUGCCAGAAGUCCAAGAAAGUCUUUCCGGUGAUGGCAUUGAAAAAGGGUGGGCUUGUUACUGGUGUAUUUGCUGGUGGACCUUCUUCUGGUUGCCUGAUUAACCUGAAGGAGACAGAUGAAGUUCAAGCACUUUAUGAGUUUGGGGCAUCAGAGCGACGUUGCCUUAGCAACCUCUGUGCAGUGCAACACAAGGUUUUUCUCCAUCUUGUGAAAGACGGGAACAUAAUUGCGGACAUUCCAGAUUAUGCUUGCAAGCCUCUGAAAAGCAUUAUUAGUACCACAGAAAUGGUUGUCUCACUCCUAUCUGCAAAUGCUUAUGACUUGACCUUGCUUUUGCAAAGCCGCCAUUUUUCUUGUGCCCUCUCAAUCAUGGAGAAGAAGGACACCUGGAUUGAUGUCUUUUGGUCUUACACUAAGGCAGUCACAGAUUUUAUGGCAGUCGGAGGCUUCGCAUCACUGUCUAGAAUGCUGGUUGCUAAAUUCAAAGAACUGGAAUCUCCUUUGUUUUCUCCAAAUGCUCUGAGCCAUUUUGCAAAGGAUAUUGUUGGUGACACAAGUCGGCUGAGCUCACAGAGUAUUCUGCAGCAGCUAUUCUGUCUUCCAUUGAAAAGAAUUGGCGAGUACACACGACUUUUCAGUAGACUGCUUGCCAGUAUGGACCAACAUACACAGCUUUGGAGUAACCUGCAAUCCUGCUUAAAUGACUGGUUGGCUUUGUAUGAUAUCUCAACCAAAGAAAUUAAAUUGGCUGAGUCAACAAAAUCAUUUUGGGAUUCUGUGAACCAGAAACUAGCUGAUGUAUACAGGGUGCCAGAGUGCCGAAUGUUACGUGAUAGCAAAUCGUACCCGUUGCAGCUUGUCUCUGCUGGCCGCUUUGCGACACAUCAUUUUGUGCUGUUUCAUGACAAGUUUGUUCACUCACAUUUUGGUGGCUUUCAGAACUACAGCUUAGAGCUGGCCUGGGUGGAAGCAGACACAAAAUCUGAGACCGUUUUUGCUAUCACUACGCCUGAAGAAACACUUGCAUUCAGUUGCCCUGUACCUUCUGAAAAGACGGAAUGGGUCUGUUGCCUAAACCAAGCUAUUCGAAACUUGCUGAAUAGUGACAAACGAGAUAACCCUGUUCAGAGCUUGAGGAGUGGCCACUCGGACAAGAGGCUCACUCCUCCCAUGAUACGCCAUGCUAGCUAUGUCUUCAACAAGUUGCCUGUCUACAAGGAUGCGACUUACAAAGGUUCUUGGCUCAAGGGACAAUUACAUGGGUCUGGAAAACUGACAUGGCCUGACGGUCGCAAGUACACGGGCCGGUUCAAGAAUAACUUGCAGCAUGGUGAAGGUGAAUACAUUGUUCCUGGAAAUGGAGGGGACACAGUGUUUCGGGGCACUUGGAAGAACGGAAAGCUUCAUGGGCUCGGUAGUGCCAGGUACCCCAAUGGUAACCUCUAUGAGGGAUUCUUCAAAGAUGGUUUGAGAGAUGGCCAUGGCAUCCUCAAGGAAGGCAGAUUUCUGUCUUCUUCGAGCAUAUACAUUGGCCAGUGGCUGCAGAACAAGCGCCAUGGCUAUGGAGUACUUGACAAUGAAAAAGAAGGUGAGAAAUACAUGGGCAUGUGGCAGGAUGAUUGUCGCCAUGGCAAUGGAAUCAUGGUCACCCUUGAUGACAUCUAUUAUGAGGGCAACUUUGUGAACAACAACCUCAGUGGUUAUGGCACUAUGAUGUUUCAAGACAACACCGUCUUCAAAGGGGAACUUGGUGCUGGUGGUUCACUAAAUGGAAAAGGUGUCCUGAGUUUGUCGAAUGGAGACACUAUCCAAGGCAGCUUUUGCGGUGUGUGGAGUGAAGGCAUCAAGAUAUCGGGCAUAUAUCAAAAAGCAGUUGCUGACGAGCACAGUACUUCCGACGUUGAUUCGCUCAUUCAUCGGGACAACAAAGGAUCUUUCUCGAUGAGUGUGCCAGCGUCUGACAAGUGGAGGGACAUCUUUGACCAUUGCCGAGACAUGCUUGGAAUUCAGGGGGUCUCGGAUGCUCAAGACAACAAGCAUGCAUGGGAUGCCAUUGCUAUUGCCAUCAGCAACAGAAAAAGGCAGAGCCACGUGAAAAAGCAAGGGAAACCCUGCUGCGAAGAAAACCUUGACUAUCUUGAGCGCAUUCCUCAAACCAGCAAGAAGCAUGGGUCAUUGACUCUGGAGCGUUAUGUUGAGAUCAAGGACUAUCUGACCAGUGCAUUUGACUGUGUUCAUCAUCCUUUGGGCUAUCUUUUAGAUGGCUUGGUAGGUGUGUUCAGACUGACGUACUGUGGCAUUGGUGUCCAUCCUCGACUUCUUGUACAUGCUGUGGAAGAAGUCAGAUCAUUCUGCCAGAGGCUGUACGAGUUGGUCAGAAUUCUUUUUCCUGACCUGCCUCAAGCAGAUAAGCCCCUGGUUCUGACCUCCUUAGGGGAUGUGGAAUGCCCAGACGACUUCCUUGAUGGUGCUGGAGAGUGCAUCACGCCGAACACACUCAUUCAACCAGUCCUUCUGCCUCGGCUUUACCCGUCACUUUCAACACUCUAUGCUCUGAACAACGAACAAGAAGAUCGGCACUACUGGGAGCGCCUGCUCAAAUGGAACAAACAGUCUGACUUGGCCUUGAUGACCUUUCUUGGGGUGGAUGAAAAGUUUAUGAGCUUGAAGUUUCAUGACAACGUUUUCACAAUAGAAAGAAAUCUUCAGCGUAUGUCUAGCAUCAAAGAUGAAUGCUUCACAAAUGCUAUUGAAGCACUGCAGCACAUCAGCACUGCAUUUACAGCAUUUGAUAAGCUUCAGGCGAUUCGACAGACGUUUGAAGAAAUCAACAAGGCAAUUCAGAAAGGCCUGGGUGACUUUCUUUGGAACAUGGAUGAUCUGUUUCCAGUCUUCCAGUAUGUGGUUGUUCGUGCACGAAUUCGCAAUCUUGGCUCAGAAAUUAAUUUUGUGGAUGAUCUCAUGGAGCGCCACUACCAGAAUGGCGAGCUUGGCAUAAUGUUCACCACUGUUAAGGCUUGCUAUUUUCAGAUACGUACAGAGAAACUGAUUCAAGCCUAGAAUCACCAUGUCAUGCCUUAUCUUGUGCUUAACUGUUCUGCCUCUCCGUUUUGGCUGCUGGUUUUAUGAAGAUAUAUCCAUGUUAUAUGUUAGGCAGUGGCAGUGUUUACCUAUGUAAACUGUCUUUUUUUUUUUUUGCAGUUAUGCUCUUUUUCUGUGUAUAUAUGAAAGUUUAUAUUACUUUACCUGUUGCUUAUUUACCACUACACUGGUGUUACAUAUAUGUAACACUGCAUUGGCUGCUAUACUAUAAAUAGGUACAGUGUGUUUAUUUACUGGUAUCCUUGGCUGUUGUAUCAAUGGCUGUAAUUUGUUAAUGUUUACCAUGUUUUGUUACAUAUCCUGGCCAGUAGUUCCAGUUACAUUGUCGUAGUAUAUUUUUUUAUGCUCAGUAAUGCAGGUUAUUGCAUUUGAGAUUAUCUAGUUGUCCACCGGAGCUCUUAAUGUUGCUGCAUUUAAUACAUCUCUGUACCUGGAAAUGAUCACACAAUUUUUUUUAGUAUUCCUCAUGAUAAUAUGAAGAAUGUUGAAGAGCUUUGUUAGAUAAAGUUGUUCUGAAUGCUUCCCACUGGGAAAGCAUGCGGGCACUUUUGAGUGUUGCUGAUGUUGUUACUUAUAGUUAGUGUGUGUUUAUAAGCUAGUCAUUGAUUUGCUAUCUUUUGAUGUGGAAUUCACUGGUAAUGACACUCAGGAGCAGCAGUUGUGGAAAGUAUGAUGUGGGCAAGUUUUAAGUUUCACUUAUAAGCUGUAGCCUCAUGCGGUUUGAAAUACCUUACGAGUGCCUUAAAUGAUGUGGUUUCAUGAUAGUUGCUGUCAUGUGAUUUUGCAUUUAUGGGACAGUAAGCAGUUAUGAAAAAUAUACUCUGGACAAGUUUGCAGUUGUCUAAAACAGCUUCAGAUCAUUCGAAUAUCCUUUGCAGAGGCUUAAAUAUUGUUCUUGGUGUUACUUAGUAUAUUGCAUUUACAAAACCUACUUGCUUUUGUUGGUGGUUUGGUUCCAAAAAGUAAUGCAUCAAAGGCUUUUUUGCAAAUGCACAAAUUAUAAUCAUGAAAAUAGUGCAGCCUUUGUAUAAAAAUUCAACGCAUUAGGUCUACCUUUUCUUUUCUUUUCUUUUUAGUACUAAGUUGACACUUCGUCAUCUUACUGUGGUGAGAUUACUUUAAUAUGAUUCAAUCAUUUAAUAGAGUCAAUAAGGAGUUGCACAACAAAGUACGUUCUAAUUUUAAUGCAUUAAACUGUGAAAUUUUUGUGUACUGACAGGGUUUUGGAAUGGUUAUAUAAGCAUUAAUUCAUUCCUUUAAUAUUAUGCUUUAAAAGGUUUCGACUGGAGCAUCUGUUACUUUGAACAUUGGUGAAACUUUAGUGUUGUAGCACGUGCAGCUGUUGGAUCACGGUCACUUUGUGUUUGUAAUUGCACUCUUUUCACCUUUAAUACCUACUUAUUUUCCCGGGCAUGGAAAAAGUCACAGUUGGGUGUAGUGUUGCUAGUCCUACACUGUCAUAUAUCUUUCUUGAUGGCGGCAGAUCAAUAUUCUUUUGUCUGUUGCAAGCAGCUGUAAAGUAAUGUGGCUACUGAAUUUAAACUCUUGGGGUUGUUCUGUAGGAUCAGCAGCAUAUAUCUUGUACUGUGUUAGUUCUGUCUAGCUCUCUAUUUUAAAGCUCUUUUCCAGUUGAUAGGUUUGCCAUUUACUAGUGUUUUGCAAUUUUUAUGUAGCUUUCAUGGUUGGGUUUUGACAUGAAGAAGGAAAGAAAAGUAAUCUGGCUCUUGCGGGUUUUGGGAACAAAUGGCUGCCUUAUUGUUUGCUUCAGUGAAAGAAAUGCAUGAUGUGUACUGUUGGAGUGCUCAUUUUAUAUGUGUAGCAUGUUACAUGGAUAAUUCUUUGGUUAUUAAUAAGUACUUUUAUGGGUAUACUUAUAUAAUAUGACAUCUGAGUGAAUUUUAAAGCCUUUUUGCCUGUGUGCCUGAUAAAUAUGUUAAGUGUUACCUCUACUGAAAUGUACUGUAGAAAUUUGAAUGCUUUUUCUAUAUUUUGUUUAGGUUUGAAUGUUCAGUUUUACUGCAACCUUUUGCUCAAAUUUUAAUAGGAGUCUGUGUGCAAAUUGUACAACAUCGAGCAUAUUCUGUGCUUGAAAUUUAGUACCACAUUUUGUACAGGUUUUUAUUGUUGGCGAUGUAGUUAACACAGAAUUUUCUGACCAUACGCAGCUACUUGAGAACCAGUUGUAAAAAUUCAGUUGCUUGCUUGGAGCAAAUGUGAAUGUUAAAUAAGACAGUUUUGGUGAAUAAGGCUAAUAAACAUGUGUAAUUGCAAAAUCACAAUAAAAUGAUUGUUUUUUUUUGUA